AUGUUCGGACCAUCGUCACUUUUGCGAGCCGCUCGUAUGGGAACGUCUCUUUCCAGUCUUUUUAGACGUGUUUUGUGGCAAGGGGCCAAGUUUUCGGAUCUCACUAGAUCGGCUAUCGCUUUUCAAGGGAAAUUUUCGGAUUUUCGAAGGCCAGGUUUUUGUCGUCUCGACUCUUUUGCAAUGGCGCCUCGAUUCAGCUUCUAUGCGGUGGCCAAUGGACGGAAUACUGGCAUCUACUCAUCUUGGGACGAGUGCAAGAAACAAGUUGAUGGCUAUGCAAAUGCCAAGUUUAAGAAGUUUGGUACUAAAAUGGAAGCGCUUGGUUUCAUUCGAGAACAUGAUCAGCUAAAAGUUUGUACAAAAGUCAUCCUGAAGAAAAAACAAGUACAAAAGAAUGACAAAAAGGAAAAAAAGAAAAUUCAAGAAAUGUUGUUGAAAGUGGAGGAGUCUGAGCGGCGGACAUCAACGAAAUCAGAGGAUGGCUACGAAAGAAACACCGCCGGAUUCGUGGUGGUUUACACUGAUGGCGCUUGCUCGAACAACCACAAGCGAUCAAAAGCUUUGGCUGGUUAUGGAGUUUUCUGGAACGAUGAUCACCCAGAUAAUGAAAGUGGACCGAUAACUGGUGAACAGACGAACAAUCGGGGAGAGGUCACGGCCGUAAUUAGAGCUAUCGAAAUUGCGAUGAAGAAUGGUCUUGAUGCGCUUUGUGUUCGCACUGAUUCACAGUUUCUGAUCGACUCUAUGACUAAAUGGGUGAAAGGUUGGAGAAAGAAUGGGUGGAAAACGGGCUCCGGGGAACCAGUGAAAAACAUCGAAUUGAUGAAGAGGUUGGACGAGUUGACGCAAUCGAUUCGGGUUGUUUACGAGAAAGUCCCGGCGCACUCGGGUGUUUAUGGGAAUGAGAUGGCCGAUCGACUUGCCGUGCAAGGAGCCGAACGAGCAAAC